GGAGCGCCGCUGGGGACGCGGAGAGCCGGCGGCUGACGGGGGCGGGCUGCUGCCGAGCUGUCCGCCCAAGAUGGAGUUCCUCCUGGGGAACCCGUUCAGCACGCCGGUGGGGCAGUGCCUCGAAAAGGCUACAGAUGGCUCCCUGCAGAGCGAGGACUGGACGCUGAACAUGGAGAUCUGCGACAUCAUCAACGAGACGGAGGAAGGGCCAAAGGAUGCCAUUCGAGCCCUGAAGAAGCGGCUCAACGGGAACCGGAACUACCGAGAGGUGAUGCUGGCGCUGACGGUGCUGGAGACGUGCGUGAAGAACUGUGGCCACCGCUUCCACGUCCUCGUGGCCAGCCGGGAUUUCAUCGACGGCGUCCUGGUCAAAAUCAUCUCUCCCAAGAGCAACCCCCCGACCAUCGUGCAGGAGAAGGUGCUGGCUCUCAUCCAGGCGUGGGCUGACGCCUUCCGGAGCAGCCCUGACCUCACGGGCGUCGUGCAUGCGUACGAAGAGCUGAAGAGGAAGGGCGUGGAGUUCCCCAUGGCCGACCUGGACGCGCUGUCCCCCAUACACACACCCCAGCGGAGCGUCCCGGAGGUGGACCCAGCCACCACCACGCCCAGGUCCCAGUCGCAGCCGAGGACGAGCAGCGGCUCCUCCUCAGCGCCGCAGGCCCCGGCCCUGAGCGCUGCGGGCCCCAUCACGGCCAAUUCAGAGCAGAUCGCCAGGCUGCGGAGCGAACUGGACGUUGUUCGGGGAAACACAAAGGUCAUGUCCGAGAUGCUAACGGAGAUGGUCCCCGGGCAGGAGGACUCGUCCGACCUGGAGCUGCUGCAGGAGCUGCACAGGACCUGCCGCGCCAUGCAGCAGCGCGUCGUGGAGCUCAUCUCCCGCGUGUGCAACGAGGAGGUCACCGAGGAGCUGCUGCAUGUCAACGAUGACCUCAACAACGUCUUCCUCCGAUACGAGAGGUUCGAACGAUACAGGUCAGGCCGAUCCGUUCAAAAUGCCAGUAAUGGAGUGCUGAGCGAAGUGACAGAGGACAACCUCAUCGACCUGGGCCCGGGGUCUCCAGCCGUGGUGAGCCCGACCGUGGGGGGCACGGUGCCCCCAUCUUCCCUCUCCUCCCAGCUCGCGGGCUUGGACCUGGGCGCGGAGAGCGUCAGUGGCACCCUGAGCUCACUCCAGCAGUGUCACCCCCGGGACGGCUUUGACAUGUUCUCCCAGACCAGAGGGAGCUCCUCGGCUGAGCAGCGCAAGACGGCCACCUACGACGACCCCCAGGCCGUCGGAGUACUUGCUUCUGCGGUAGACAGUCGGAAACAGAACCCCGAAGUGAAGAGAGGUAAAGGUGGGGACUCUGACCUGGAGCCCAUAGACAGCUGGCUCAUAGCCCAAGGAAUGAUCCCCGUGGUGCAGCCGUCUGUCAUGGACGACAUUGAGGUGUGGCUCAGGACCGACCUGAAGGGCGACGACCUGGAGGAGGGUGUCACGAGCGAAGAGUUCGAUAAGUUCCUUGAAGAAAGGGCCAAAGCUGCAGAAAUGGUUCCCAACCUCCCCUCUCCCCCAGCGGAGGCUCCGGCCCCGGCCUCAAAUCCCUCCAGCCGGAAGAAGCCGGAGCAGUCAGAGGACGCCCUCUUUGCCCUGUGAGCUGUCCUGUGGUUGGGCCCCCCCACGGCAGGUCACCUCUAGCUCCCCCCAUCCACACCAGGCACUGGCCACUCUUCCCAUCCCCAGCCCCCACCUGGUCCUGCGCUGCUGUGUCUCCAUGGAAACGCCACUGUGUUUGCUCCCAGGCCUCCUGCUAGUCAGGACCAGCUUUAGCCACCCUCUCUGUGGGCGGCGGGACAGCGUCCUGUAGCCACAGCCCCUCAACUUCUGCUCUUCCUGCCCACCAGCUCCCUCUGCCUGUUUCUUCCCAGGAAGAGCCCACAGCUGGUCCAGCACCAGGCAGGCAGUCCCUUUGGGUCUGUUCCUGAGCAGUUCCUCUGGUCACCUGCACACAGAGAAGGGGCUCAGGCCCCAGCCCCUUCCCCGGCGUGCCCCUGCCCAGCUCAGUGGGCCUCUCCUGCCCUCCCGUGACCCCCUGUGUCCCAGAAAGGGCAGGUCUGCACCUGCGGGCUUGGUCGCCCUCCCCGGACUGCUGCUGCCUGCUGAGCAUCGGCACUUUAGAAGGCUCUGUGGAUGCCCACGGGUGGCGUCUCUCACCUGCCAUGUGCUUGACCCUUUCUUCAUACUCAGCUGCUAGCCCAGACCCACGUCCGAGCUGGCUCAGUAGCCGAGCCUGGGACCAAGGGGUCCCCCGCGGGCCUGCAUGCUCCUGGUGUGGGCAGAGCCAUGGGCUGUCGGGAGGGCAGCUCGCAACCCUGGCCGGUCAGGUCUUGCAGAGAUAACACUACUGUCUCCAAGCUGCCCCUGUGCGCCGCAGGCCCUGUGGCCGCCCCACCUGUUGGGGGGCCUGCACAGUGAGGGCUGGCUCCGGCCAGCUUGGGAGAGCUUUGCACGUUGGUAAAUGUGCUUCGGCCUGGUCUGGGGCAGCCUCCACGCCUCCGCCUCCAGGGCCCAGCAGCAGGCGGUGUUGCACCCCAGGUGAGAUUCCAGUGACCGAAGGCCCCUGCACUCUAUGGGGCGGGGCCUUAGCCUCCCCUGCAGACUGUCCUGAAGCCUGAACUCCUCCCACCCCAGACCCGGCGCCCAAACAACCUAGGAGGGGCUGGCGACACCCACUCCUGUCUUGGGUCCUUGCUGGUAUCUCGGGCCAUAGGCAGGGUACUAGCUGCUCGGCCCAAGCCCGGUCCAGCCUGAGCCGCCCUGUGCUGUGGCCCAGAAGAGCAAACACACUGCUGUCGCGGCUUCCGCCAGCCUGUGAGCCCAGGUCCAGGUCAGCGUUCCAGCACGCGCUGCCUGGGCAUCGGGGCAAGACCUGGCCGGGCCACCUGGUGGGCCUGGCCCGCGGUGUGGUCAGCCCUUCCCACCUGGCAGCCCAAGCAGAGAAGAGGCUGGGCCUGACACAGGCCGGGAUCAGUGCCGCCGUGGGCUCCAGGGGGAGCGUUUAGGAUGGGGCUGGAGGGCUGUGCGGGGCACCGGCAGGAGCAGGUGGGGAAAGCGGGGUGCUGCCCGCCUGGGACCCUCACCCAGCCUGGCACCCUGCAGCUUCCUCUGGAGAGGACGCCUGGGGUCCGGCUGGGGCUGUCACACUCCAGUUCCUCAGAGGGCGCUCAGGAAGUCCCCACCACGGAGCUGGGCCAGCCUGCCUGCACCCUGCCCCGCCCCGACCCUUACACAGCUGCACCCCUCUCCUUGGCACUUCCAAGGGCGGGGCCCCGAGGCCGGCGUGGAUGCUGAGCGUCUGAAGUUGGCCGACCUGAGCUGCAUAGAAGGUGGCUGGGUGGCCCGGUUGUCCCUGGCGACCCUGGCUGGUAUCCCCGGGCCUUGGGCGCAGCCUGGGGAGCGUAUCUGUCUGGGGGCGGGGGACAGUGGGCCUCGGGUGGUCAGUCCCACGGGAGCUGCGGCAGCCAGGCCCAGCGUCCGCUGAGGGAGGAGCCAGCCUCCCACCCGGCGAAGCAGGGAGCCCAGGGGUCUCCCGAUGGAGGGUGAAGUGGAGACAUACCUGCCCAGGGAGGCCCCGCAAAGCCGCCCCCCAGCUCCAGCUGCUCAGCCAGGCACAGCUGAGAGACGUGGGGCCGCCGGGGCGGCGGGUGGUGGCGGCCUUGCUGGCUGUCCCAGCUGGAGCUGCCCCUCUGCUCACCCAUCAGGUCACAGCAGCCUGCCCCACCCAUAGGCCGGCCUGGGAAGCAGGUGCCCGGGACGGUGCUGCUCAACCCUUCCUGUCCUGAGUCGUAGGCGCCCUGGGCCCCCCCCCCCCGCUGGCUCCCUUCCACCUGGGGGGCACGGCACUCGGGAAGGGAAGCUGGCCAGAGACUUCCGCCCUGGGGAGUGGGACCCCCCCCAAGCCACCAGUCUCUCCACCAGUGUUAGACAUCACAGAUACAGUAUGUACUUAAUUACACAACAUUAUUGCUGGGAUUCCUUAUAAGCACUAAUUAUACCUGAUUAUAGGUUAAAAUA